UUUCAGAACAACUUCUAUUUUUCUUUUGCUCCUCCUCCUUUGAUUCCAAAAUAGCGUUCACAUGUCUCUCCUGCUGUCAAGUUCACAAUGUAACUACACACUUGGUCAUUGUUUCCAGUGUUCUUUGGAACACCUCCACCUCGCUACAUAGUUAAAAUGUCAUUGUCAUUGUCCCCUUACCUUCCAUCAUAGCUUGUUAUGACUCGCGUGUUAAAAGAGAGAAAAGUCUAACUUGAAAAACAACCUUAAGAUUUCAAAAAGAGCUGGAGUUGAUGCUGUGAAAACAAGACAGGCAACAUUCUUACACCCCUACACAUGUACUGCCUAGAGUCAACUUAUUGUUCUUUUUGUUUGCUACGGUACGUGAGUGCUGCCUCUUUGCCUUUAUGCUGAAUUUACGUAUAGUGGGAUUUGGCUGCACUGGAUGUUAGCAAGGUGCAUGUUUCACAUUGUGCCAGAUGCCUGCCUAAACAAGUCAAGCAGUGAUGAUGGACGCUCCUCUAUGGUGUCUGAUAUUCAUAUCAGGGCUGUGCUCCUUCACUUUAUGCACCUCGCCACAGUACAACCAUGUCAGUCUCCGAAUGAAUUACAGAGACGCAAAGAGUUACUGUAGGAAGAUGUAUACAGACUUGGCCACUCUCUACAACCAUAACGACGUGGAGAACUUGAUCAGUUCGGUGCCGGUUGACUUAAAGAGGGCCUGGAUAGGGCUGGAAGAGGGAGAUGUGUGGCAGUGGCACUGGAUUUAUGGAGAGGGGAUUUUUUUUAAUUGGAGGGAUGGACAACCAUCUCAAAAUAUUCAAAACAACUGUGUAGCAAUGGGUCCAAGUGGACAAUGGUUUGAAGAUGAUUGUCAGAGUCACAAUAGUUAUGUUUGUUCUGAUGGAGAAAAAUAUAAUGCCAGUCUCAUCUUUAUUGAUGAGAAAAUGUCUUGGAGAGAUGCUCAAGAUUACUGCAACGACAUAUACAUGGACCUGGUCAGCAUACGGUCCCUGGAAGAGAACCGGUUUGUACUGGAUGUGACCCAGACCCAGGCCGUGUGGAUAGGAUUGUUUAAAGACCCAUGGACAUGGUCUGAUGGAAGCAGCUCCUCUCUCCGUUUCUGGAGGCGUUUUCAGCCCACCAAUGACAAAGACCAGGCCUGUGUUCUCGCAGUAUUUUUGGACGAGGGUCGGUGGAAUGACAGGAGUUGUGACAUCAGUCAAGACUUCAUAUGCCAGGGUGCUUUAAAAGCACACCCUGAACCAUCGACUCCACAACAAAUAUUUUCAACAGCACAGCCAACUACUUUUCAGAUAAUGCCUUCUCUAAAAACGACUGUCGUAAAUCAAACACACGCACCCACUCUAUCUGCCUCUACUAAUGGCAUAGCUGCUAAAUCCCCAACUCAAAACACACCAUUGACAUCUCCAGCUCAAAACAUGACUUCAAAAUCUCCAAGUCAAGCUGUGACAACAACGCAACAGGCAACAGACCUCAACUCUACCCCACACACAACCUUGGUUGAAGGUGCUGCUUUACACAGCACAGCAGAAUCAACUGCUGCCAUGGCAACUGAAAACAGUCAUGGCUUAAUCCAAGAUAAUCUGAUAUUGGUGCAGAAGAACAUGACCUGGAUGCAGGCCCAGGGCUACUGCAGAGAGCACCACCUCAACCUGGUUUCGCUGACCACACAGGUGGUUCAGGGCUGGGCUGCCAAGAAGGCUUCCAAAGCCACAUCUCCUUAUGUCUGGCUAGGCCUGCGUUACACCUGUACCUUCAACUUCUGGUUCUGGAUCCCAUCAGACACAGGCUGCUAUCAGAACUGGGCCCCAGGACAUGGGACAGGGGGGCCCCAGGACUGUAGCCUUGCAGGUGCCAUUCAGACCACAGGGGGGCAGCAGUGGGUUAGCUUGCCAGAGACGGCCAGGCUGAAUUUCCUCUGCUACACAUGUGCUGGGACUUGAAUAGAAUUGGACUACAAUCUUUUUUUGUGUUAUGAACGAAGCUCUCGUGUACGCUACUGUAUGUGUCCGUUUUAUGUGUUCAUUUUUCCCUUAGUAUUUUGCUUCCAAGUCAAUGCUGUGUGGAAAUGUUGGUCUUUUAGAAUCUGCCAUUAAAAUCAAAUUAUGAGUUCAUUAUGCAAACUCGUUCAGUGUCAUGGGCAGCAAAGUGAUAAAGUGAUGUGAGAACGUACAUCAGCCUCAGGUUCCAUGCCUGUCUUUUGGGAUGUUGCACAUUUGCAUAUUGACCCCGGUCCCCCAGGGUCACCCCAACGGAUUGUUCUUUCCGACCACCGGGGCACAGCUCACACCCAGAGGGCAACCUCCCUGCCUGCCGCCCUCAUCGACCUGACCUUCACUGAACUGCAUGGAAGCCAGUUCACUUCAAGCCACAUCUUCCUGUCUGCACCCUUGUAGGAGAAGGCUGCUGUUGCCACACCUCACAGACUUAAGACUGUUUCAUCCCGAAUGGCUGAAUACAUCCCGCGUUUGAUUGGGACGUAUGUGCUGAUCUUAAAGUAGUGUUUUCUGAUAAUGACAUUGGAGAAUUGGAAACAAGAAAGUCAUAUAAAAAAACUCUUCAAAUGCUAGCACCCUUUGUGUUUUCCCAGGAUUCAUUUUCUGUGAAUAGAAGACUUCCAUUUCGUUCCCCUUGUCCCUAGUAUGACUCAUGGCAGAAAUAAUGACUUGUCAUGCAAACAUUGCAUUAAUGUGCAGUCAUUCAUCUUAUAAAGAAAUCUGCUAUCAGAAACUCUACAAUUGUAAGAUCUAAAGUUGGCAUCUCUUCUAAUAUGUAUUGUUAUUGUAUUGAGUAGGAAACAAACCCCACAGAGCAUAUUUCCUUAGCUGGACCGCAAACACAUCUGAUAACAAUAAAUCAUAUGUAUUUAUAUAGCACAUUUAAAUACAAUAAGUGGCAACCCAAGUUGUGUGUAUACUACAACCAAAAGCAAAACUUGGCACAUUCAGCAUAAAAUAGGCAAACUGCACACAAAACCCAAUGUUGACACGUGACAGAAUUUAUGACCUGACAGGAAACUAUGGCAAUGCCUUACAGAGGCUGAGAAACCAAGGAAAAAUUAUGUAUCUUCAGGCAACACUUAAAUGUAUCGAGGCCAGGGGAAGACCAGAUGCACAGAGUCAGUCUUGGGGCAGCAUCUGAGGAGGCACCAUCACCCUUGUACUUCAAACUAGAUUGUGGUGUCUAAAAACAAUCUGGUUUGAGGAUCUGAGAGACCUCAAUGUGUUGUGGAGACUGCAAAGGUCAGACAUAUAAAGUGGUGCUAAUCCAUGUAUUGCUCUAAACGCAAAGGAUUGAAACAAUUCUAGAUCUAAUUCGAAGCCGUGAAGAGAGGCCAGAGUGAGGGAAAUGUGGUCCCUCUUACUGGAGCCUGUGAAGAACCUAGCAGCUGCAUUCUGACCAGCUGGAGGCGAGACCGAAAGACUCCCAUACACAAGGAGGGUUUAUAAGAACCUCUAAAUCUUUGAAAGAGAGGAUGGGUUUUCAUUUGGCAAUUGUCCUGAGUUGAAAGAAGCUACCUUUAACAACAAAAUGUAUUUGUCCAUCCAAUAAUAGGAAGAAUCCAAGUUUUUUGCAUGAUUAUGCACAUUUGUGGAAAGACCCCCCCCCCCCCCUCCAGAUUACUGGCUACGGUUUCGAUUUGAGUCAAAUGGGCCAAACAAUAAAUUACA